CGGGGACCGUGGCGUGGCGAUCGGCGUCCCGCCCCGGGCCCAAGCCCCUUUUCUCCAUUGGACCCGUGUCGCGCGGAGCAGGCUCAGCCUACAGCGAGCGGAGCCCCGAGCCCCCUUCUCGGAGCCUUUUCUUUGCCAGUGUCUCAGACUCAAUCGCCGGGGAGGUAAAACAAUAGCGGGCCACCUGGGACGCGGCGCGCCCCAGCUCCCACGGCCCGUGCCCGGAGUCGCGGCCCCGCGCCAGCCCCGUGGCGACCCGCGCUGCCGAGGGUGGGGCUGCCCGCCGCGCCCCGCUCCGUAGACCGCGACGGGAAAGCCCGCGAGUAAGAGAGGCAUUUGGUGAAAGUGUUUUGAGAACAAUCAUAAUUGCCCUGCUCUGGGCGGGGAAACUGAGGCGUAGGGCACAGAAGGAAUCUGCGGGCUUUUGUGGGACCACUCUCGGGCUACCAAAUGCCAGCUUACUUCGUAUGCCCUGGGAGGUUCUGGGGCAGGUGAUGGCACGGUGACCUAUCACCAUGGAUGGAGAUGGACUUUUUGAUGAAGAAAUCCAAAGUGUCUUUACCAGUAAGGGUGUUUUGGCUGUCUCGGGUUUUGACAAAAUCUGCCUGGUUCCCUUUGGGGGAUCCGAAUGAGAGAUUUCAGACACCUUCACUGCGAAGCCAAGGACAUUUCUGUAUAAUCAGCGCAUGAAAGGAUUUUCUCAGACUCUCUUUCCUCCCAUUUUCCUCGAGAAUUAAUCCACCAGAAUCUACAGUUCCGGUGGAGACUGCAAGGCAUAUACAUGUAGCAGAAACCUAGAGCGCCUUCGGAAUUGCUCUGGACCCUGCCUUAGGCAUAAAGGACUCUUGCACAUGCCACUCCCCUCUCCGGCCCCCAACUCCCUCCUCCUGACUACUCUGUCUUUGACUGGCUCUCAUUUUCCCCGUGAAGUUCUGUUUCCAAACUGUUCCCCUGGAGCUAUAAGUGGAUUGGCAGUAAUGAGAGAUUAGGCAGUGGGAAAAGCACGGUGCCCUGUGCUGUGUCCUUUUCCUGCUGCCGCCGCCGCCGCAGACAUGAAGUGCUUUUUCCCAGUGUUGAGCUGUCUGGCUGUGCUGGGUGCGGUGUCAGCGCAGCGGCAGGUCACCGUCCAGGAAGGACCCUUAUACCGCACAGAGGGCUCCCACAUCACCAUCUGGUGCAAUGUGAGUGGCUACCAGGGUCCUGCUGAACAGAACUUCCAGUGGUCCAUUUACCUGCCCUCUGCUCCCGAGCGUGAGGUACAGAUCGUCAGCACGGUGGACUCCUCCUUCCCUUAUGCUAUCUACACCCAGCGAGUCCGAGGCGGGAAGAUCUACGUGGAGAGAAUCCAGGGGAAUUCAGCCUUACUUCACAUCACAGACCUGCAAGCCCGGGAUGCCGGGGAGUAUGAAUGCCACACCCCCAACACCGACGAGCGCUACUUUGGGAGUUACAGUGCCAAGAUGAACCUAGUGGUGAUCCCAGAUUCCCUGCAGACCACGGCUGUCCCCCAGACUCUGCACAAAGUGGAACAGGACCCGCUGGAGCUCAGUUGCGAAGUGGCCACUGAGACCCUCCAGCACACCCACCUCUCGGUAUCCUGGCUCCGGCAAAAGGGUGGUGAGAACCCUGUGGAGGUCAUUUCCCUGAGCAGAGACUUCAUCCUGCACUCCAGCAGUGAAUACGCGCAGAGGCAGAGCCUGGGCGAGGUGCGGCUGGACAAGCUGGGGAGAAGCACGUUCCGCCUCACCAUCUUCCACCUGCAGCCCUCCGACCAGGGCGAGUUCUACUGCGAGGCUGCAGAGUGGAUCCAGGAUCCAGACGGUUCUUGGUACGCCAUGACCAGGAAGCGCUCUGAGGGUGCCGUGGUCAACGUCCAGCCUACUGACAAAGAGUUCACCGUGCGACUGGAAACAGAUAAGAGGCUGCACACAGUGGGUGAGCCGGUGGAGUUCAGAUGUAUCCUAGAGGCUCAGAACAUUCCCGACCGGUACUUUGCCGUCUCCUGGGCCUUCAACAGCUCACUCAUUGCCACCAUGGGACCUAAUGCUGUGCCAGUCCUCAACAGCGAAUUUGCCCACCGUGAAGCCAAGGGACAACUUAAGGUGGCCAAAGAGGGUGAUGGUGUCUUUGUGCUGAAGAUAUAUCACCUCCGCCAGGAAGAUAGUGGCAAAUACAACUGCCGGGUGACUGAGCGAGAGAAGACCGUCACUGGCGAGUUCAUCGACAAGGAAAGCAAGAGGCCCAAGAACAUCCCCAUCGUCGUGCUCCCCCUCACAGAUAACUGGGUAGUUAAAGUCCCCCAGCAGCACCAGAUCCUGCCCCAAGGCCACUUGGAAAGCAGCAUGUCCGUGGAAGUGGCCAGCAACGCCAGUGUCAUCCUUGAGGGUGAGGACCUGCACUUCUCCUGUACUGUCCGCACGGUGGGCAGGGUGCAGGCCCGCUUCUCUGUCAUCUGGCAGCUCGUGGAUAGGCAGAACCGCCGCAGCAAUGUCAUGUGGCUAGACCGGGAUGGCACCGUGCAGCCGGGCUCAUCGUACUGGGAGCGCAGCAGCUAUGGAGGCAUCCAGAUGGAGCAGGUGCAGCCCAACUCCUUUAGCCUGGGCAUCUUCAGCAGCAGGAAGGAGGACGAGGGCCAGUACGAGUGCCACGUGACAGAGUGGGUACGGGCUGUGGAUGGAGAGUGGCAGAUCGUGGGAGAGCGCCGCGCCAGUACCUUGGUCUCCAUCACAGCCCUUGAAACGGGCUUUGCGGUCACAGCUAUCUCCCGGACACCAGGGGUCACCUACAGCGACUCCUUUGACUUGCAGUGCAUCAUCAAACCCCACUACCCAGCCAGAGUCCCCGUGUCUGUAACAUGGAGGUUCCAGCCAGUGGGCACGGUUGAGUUCCAUGACCUGGUGACCUUCACACGAGAUGGAGGGGUUCAGUGGGGGGACAAGUCCUCCACCUUCCGAACUCGGACUGCCAUCGAGAAGGCGGAGUCCAGCAACAAUGUCCGCCUGAGCAUCAGCCGGGCCAGUGACACGGAGGCGGGCAAGUACCAGUGUGUGGCAGAGCUGUGGCGGAGGAAUUACAACAAUACCUGGACGAGGCUGGCGGAGAGGACUUCCAACCUGCUGGAGAUUCGGGUGCUGCAGCCAGUGACAAAGCUUCAGGUGAGCAAAUCAAAGAGAACCCUCACACUGGUGGAAAAUCAUCCAAUUCAGCUGAACUGCUCAGUCAAGUCCCAGACCAGCCCAAACUCGCACUUCGCCGUGCUGUGGUAUGUUCACAAACCCUCGGACGCGGACGGCAAGCUCAUUCUCAAAACCACGCACAACUCAGCCUUCGAGUAUGGAACCUAUGCGGAGGAGGAGGGCCUGCGAGGCCGGCUGCAGUUCGAGAGGCAUGUGUCAGGGGGCCUGUUCAGCCUCACUGUGCAGAGAGCUGAGGUCAGCGACAGUGGCAGCUACUACUGCCAUGUGGAGGAGUGGCUGCUGAGUCCUAACUAUGCCUGGUACAAGCUGGCCGAGGAGGUUUCAGGGCGCACAGAGGUCACCGUGAAGCAGCCAGACAGCCGCCUGAAGCUCAGCCAAGCCCAGGGGAGCCUGUCUAUUCUGGAGACCCGGCAGAUCCAGCUGGAGUGUGUGGUCCUGAACCGCACCAGCAUGGCCUCCCAGCUCGUGGUGGAGUGGUUCGUGUGGAAGCCCAACCACCCAGAGCGGGAAGUCGUGGCCCACCUGAGCCGAGAUGCCACCUUCCACUAUGGCGAACAGGCUGCCAAAAACAACCUGAAGGGGCGGCUGCACCUGGAGAGCCCAUCCCCCGGCGUGCACAGGCUCCUCAUCCAGAACGUGGCGGUGCAGGACAGCGGGACCUACAGCUGCCGAGUGGAGGAGUGGCUGCUCAGUCCCAGCGGGCUGUGGUACAAACGGGCUGAGGACACAGCUGGACAGACGGCCGUCACAGUCAUGCGACCUGAUGCUGCCCUCCAGGUGGACACAGUGGUCCCCAAUGCCACGGUGACGGAGAAGGCAACUUUCCAGCUGGACUGCAGCAUCCUGUCUCGGUCAAGCCAGGACUCCCGCUUUGCUGUGGCCUGGUAUUCCCUAAGGACUAAGGGCGGAGGGAAAAGAGGCAGCCUUGGCAUUGAUGAGCAAGAGGAGGAGGAGGUGUCGGAAGAGGAGGGCUCCGAAGAUCCAACAGAGAGGACAGUCCUGCUGAGUGUGGGGCCUGAUGCUGUCUUUGGUCCCGAAGGCAGCCCUUGGGAGGGCAGGCUGCGCUUCCAGAGGCCCUCGCCCCUGCUGUACCGGCUCACGGUGCUCGAAGCGAGUCCUCAGGACACAGGCAACUACUCCUGCCACGUGGAGGAGUGGCUGCCCAGCCCUCAGAAGGGAUGGUACCGGCUGACGGAGGAGGAGUCUGCCCCCAUUGGUAUCCGGGUUCUGGACACAAGUUCCACCCUGCAGUCGCUCAUCUGCUCCAACGAUGCCCUCUUCUACUUUGUCUUCUUCUACCCUUUCCCCAUCUUUGGCAUCCUCAUCAUCACCAUUCUACUGGUGCGCUUCAAAAGCCGGAACUCCAGCAAGAACUCAGAGGGGAAGAACGGGGUGCCUCUGUUGUGGAUCAAGGAGCCGCACCUCAACUACUCCCCGACUUGCCUGGAGCCUCCUGUGCUCAGCAUCCACCCUGGAGCCAUAGACUAAGGAGGUUGCUCCCCCAACAGACGUUGCCCAUGGCAGGGUCGGGUCAGGGAAGCCUUGUGGGCUUUUCCUCAUUGCUUCGUGCUCUGUGAUUGGACAGGCGACAGCACCCGAACUCUGCAGUUUCGCUGCAGGAACCAGUCAGACCUGGAGUGAGUUGGAGGCUUCCGGUCACGGAGAUGACUGCCUCCGGCGGGGGUACUGGUUAGCUAUUCACACCCAGGUGUCGUGACGCCAGCGUCCUAGGUUCCUAGUUUUUGGUUUCGGUAACUUAGUGCGUAGCUCCAGGUGCCGCAUCUACUGGCCAGUCUGUCUCAUGUUCUCAGAUCGGUGCUACGGGGUUUCCUCUUCUGCGUAAUGUACUCUUUGAAGCCCCUUUGGUCUUCUCCAUUUGGAUCCCAUAAUGUUGUGGAAGAGUUUCUCUCACAGCUGAUAAGCAAGAGGAAGACGCCUUCAUAGUAACAAGGAA